CUGUGCUGUGUGGAGGAUGACGGUCGUCGAGUACGCGCAGUAUGGCACCGAGGCCGAGCUCCCGGAGAUCAUGAGCCUCUUCGAGAAGGACCUCUCGGAGCCCUACUCGGUGUACACGUACCGGUACUUUCUCUACAGCUGGCCCGAGCUCUGCAUCCUCGCGCGCGCCGAAGGCGUCAUUGUCGGCGCGAUCGUCUGCCGCCUCGAGGACACCCAAGGCGUCCUCAAGGGCUACAUCGCGAUGUUAGCCGUCGAGAAGAGCUUCCGCAAGCAUGGCAUCGGGUCUGCGCUCGUCCAGAAGGCCAUCGACCAGAUGAUGCGCAUGCACUGCGACGAAGUCGUGCUCGAGACUGAGAUCACCAACGUGGCCGCGAUCCGCUUGUACCAAAACUUGGGCUUUGUCAAGGACGAGCGGCUCCUCAAGUACUACCUCAACGGUGUCGACGCCUUCCGCCUCAAGCUAUGGAUGCAUUAACACGAUCGACGUGCGUACACCAUCAUCCUCGUCCUUGCUCUUCUCGCGACCUCAAGGAAGUUGGGCCGUCAGCGCUUGCGAUAGACACUUGAGCAUGGAAGAGGCAUGUACUAUAAAGGUCGGAGUCGACUAGGUAACAAAGUGUAGCAGCGUCUUGUUCUCACUCCA